AUGAGAACCCGCAACCUUCUUUUCCUUUUGUCCCUUCUGGGAGCCGAGGUUCUGGCUUACUCCAGCACUCAGUCUCAUGACUUUGACAUUGAGCCGUACUCACGGAAGCUUGUCAAGCAUCAUAAAAGCGUCUGGUAUGGACUUAUGGGCUCUGGAGACACGGGCAUUAUGUGCAUCAACCUCACGACUUCGGCAAAGGCGGAGCUGCUCCUCGGAUCGUGUCAGAAAGUCUUCUCACUCGGACACUUUGAAACUGGGCACAUCUCGAUGAAUCGCUCAGUCGUGGAACGUGGACUGAAGCUCGCCCGCGGAGACUCUGACUGCCAUCAUACUCUGUAAGUUUACCUGAAAAUAAGCCCUCAAUCUUCUCAACUCAACAUUUCUAGGAUUAACAUGCACAUUCGUUCGCAUGACGAGGCUAUCUAUGGACAGGUCAACUUCUUCAAGUGCCGCGAGGAAGUGACAUUCCCGGAGCCGCAGAACAAAUUCGGAGAAGUGGUCACGGAGCUCAAGCCAGUCGAGAUCAACUCGGCUGACCUGUACCAGGAGUUCCCGUUCAACCAUGCAAACGGAGAUGUCGUUGUCAACUCGUUGAAGAUGAGAAACACGGUUGACGCAAGUGAGUACAGGAAUGGAUGAGUUGGGUUGAACAAAAGGGCAGACUGAAACUCGGAGACUUACUCAAGCGUGAAUUAAUUUAGGGCAAGCAAGGCGCCAGACAAUUCUAAAAUAAGUAGCUAUAGUCUUUCCGCUUCAAUGAGAAAUUAGAGUGUUCUUUCGAGUGUUAGCAAUCUAUUUUGAGAUUCGAUUUGCCCUUUUAUGUUGUUCUGAUCAAUCUUUGGUGCCAACCUCUACUCUCUACAUUUAACCUGCAAAAUACAUAGUCCACCCGUAGCUUUGCAUGAAACUUAAGACACAGAUGCUUCAGACAUUACUCCUGCUCGUUACUAGUUCUUAGACUUUAGUUCGAAUCCUGCAAGCAACCUUCUCCACUCUCUUACCUUUCUUAGACCACCCACGAAGUUUUCUCUCCUUUUCUCUUUUCGCGUCGUAAUUGAAAAAUGCGGCGCCUUGUCCACUUGCAAAAAUUGCCGCGGACACUCUGGGGGCGCUCGCGACAAACGCCUAUUGCAAUCGGUUCGAAGCCAAAGGACACACAUUGCUACAUUCUCUUUUUUCUUCCAAAUCAGACACUGACAGAUGACAGAGACGGAGGAUGGAUGCGGACUGGAGGAGUGCACGGGUGGUGUCUUGUCUAGACGGGUCGACUUGCCCAAGGUUUUAUUGUCCGGGUGGUCUUCUUCAUUUUGGCCUUGGCGCCAACGAAACCGAAAAGGAUGUUGCGCGCCACGGGGUACGGUAGCAUUGCACUUUAGCGGCCUUUUCUAAAAUGGGGACGAUUUCAAGGACUAAAGGAUAGGAUCGUUGGCAAUGCGAUGUGAGACAAAACGAAAAACGAUUCGGAUCAGGGGGGCCAGACAUGGAAUAUGUCAUUGGGUGCAAGGUAGACACUGAUAACAAACUAAUACAAUGUUUGCGCGAGGAACUUGAUAACAAAUCAGGUCUGCGGACCUUCGUUCGUUCUGUUUUGGUUAUCUUUAUGAGUACAAUCAAUACAAUAUGAUAGGCGCGUCUGUGAUAAACCAAUGUGUAGACAACGUUUUCUAGACAACGGGGUGAAAAACUAAUUAGGAUAUUAUAGAAUUUCUCUUCGCGGUAUGCUUUCUUUUCAUCUUUGACCUUAUAAAGAAGUACGGUAGCAAUUCUCUUUCGCUCCUUUGCGCCGGUGUUGCACUUUACAUCCUUCCUCUCAAUUCAAAUCUGCGUUCUUUAUGGCGGCCAAACCGAUUAGACACUGCUGCCAGUCGCUUAUGAAGGGCAAGUGGGAAGAGAGAGAGAGAGAGAGAAGGUGAGAAGGUGAGAAUGACAGCAAGUAAACCACGGGAAUUUGAACGUUUUUCAUUGGCUAGGUGACUUGCUAUGUAAUAAUUAUUGUUCAGUGGUCUACUCCAAAGACUUCACCGUUUGCUUCAAACUGCUGGAUGCUCCUUUCGCAAAAGUGACCCUGUCCAAGUGUGCCGGCACGAACGACCUUGUCCUCCUCCUCAACCGAGACACUACCGUCGGUCUGAGCUUUGAAGCCAGGUCAAAAUUCCUGAAUCUAGCUGGAGAAAAGUGUGACGACCGUGAAGGAGAGCACGAAUGGUACAUGAAAACGGAAGGAUCCUUCGGCAAGGACGUUGUCAGUGGGGCGGUUUCCGUGUUCCCAUGCAAGCACGAGGUGACCCGCCAGGAUGGUGCCCGUUACGACACAUUCAAGCCAAACUUCAUGCAAGACAGAUCUCAGAAUACAUUCCACUUCUCUCUCGAAGCUCAUCAUCACGGAGUUUACUCGGCUACUCUGAAGGAAAUGCUCGACAGAGCCACCUACAGUAAGACAAAUCAUCACUUAUUUUCCAGCAAUCCUUUUGUUUUCAGACAAGGCUGCCAUGAUGCAGAUCAAAGUCAACAUUGAGACCACUGGACCCGUUUCCGUCGCAGUUUCCAGAUGCAAAACACAUGUAGAAGAUGAGAAAAUCUACAUCGCGGAAAAUCAAGACGCCGGAACCAUCUACAUCAAUCAUUCCAAACUGAAAGAUCUGCAGAAGCUCACGAUGCGGCCAGUUUGCGGACCGCUGGAAUCCGAGGAGGGACUUUGGCUGUACAUCAAGGCGCACGAUUCUGAUGCUCGUGGACGCAUGGUCAUUUCUCUGGAGCAGCCCGACACUGAGAAUCGAAUUUUCAACCUUGCCCUCACGAAUCUGUUCACUAUCCGUGCGAAUGGGACGAUCAAGAGACAAGCGCAUCUCGAGCACACUUUUGAUGACGGUAGGCCGAAAUGCACUUCUUAAUUUUAGCACUUAACAUUUUCAGCUCUGCAAACAAAUCGUUUCAUCGGAAUCGAUCUGAAGACCUCCAAGAACAUCACUCUCUCCAUGAGCAAGUGCAUGAACUCCCCGAAACAGAUUCUCGCCGAGAACGUUGGCACCGGCUUGCAUUACUACCGCAUCCAGGCUAUCAUCAAGAUGUAUUAUCUGAUAAAGAACACAAUCUGCCCAGAGCGAGAAAACUCGGGUUACGGUAACGUGGUCUUCCACAUCACUGCUGUCGGAGGCGAGGCUACCGGUGAGAUGCAAUUCGUCCGUUUGUUCAAGCACAAGGCUCCGGAGGGACAUAUCGUGUCAGUGGGACCCAUUGAUGAUAUGGAGUACGCCAGAAGAGGUGAGCGCAAUGCACAACGAGCACAACGAGACUGAAAAGAAACGUUUUUUCAGCUACUUUCGAUCGCGCUAACCUCUCCGUGUCUAUUGACAACAUCCAGGACAAGACUCCAGCCGAAGUGGACAUCCGUUUCUAUGUCGAGCACGCCCUCCGCAAUCCACGUAUCAACUUUGUCAUUGACACCGACAGCAAGAAGCCGGUGACCAUCAAGCUCAGCAAGUUCUCCGACCCUGAGGAGAAAGGAUUUUCCGUGACUGUCGACGAGAAGAGAGUAGUGCCAUUGCAAGAACUUCUCGAGCUCCAAGUACUCAUAAAGAGCGCCUUGAAGAACAAUACUGCUCGCUACGGACUGUUUGUGCACGUUCUGGAUAAGAGUUUCAACGGAAGCGUCACCUUUUACACCCUCGACUUCCACUACGAGCACAUGCAGGACAUGGGAUACUACAACGUCGGACGUAAGUUUAAAAUACUGUCAAUACCGUAACAUUCCGAUUUCAGUCGGCAAGUCGUACAUCUCUGGAGUGGACAUGCAUUCGUUCGAUCGUGCGGUGGUCAUUGAAGUGUCCAACUGGCAGAAGCAUCCGAUGACAGUCACCGUGUCCAUGUGCAACGCCGAGAAAGGAAAGAAGGUCAUCGAAGGACAGUUCGUGACCCAGGCCAGCGUCCGAAUCGAGCCGAUGAUGCUGUACGAGCUGUACAACAUGUGCCCACAGAAGGACGGCGCCUCCAUUCUUUUCGUUCAAAUCCAAUCGGAUUCUGCCGAGGGACUCAUCAACAUCGACAAAAGACCAGACGAGGAGUGGAAGCUCGAGUGCCAGGGAUGGGCUUGCCGUGCUCCGACCCAGAUCUACUACUCGAAGAAGCAGGAGAAGACCAUGCGUUCUCUCUGUAAGUUCAUGUUUUUACAAUGUAUUUCUGAAAUAUUGUUGUGUUGUUUUCCAGACUAA